AUGCGGCGAAGUGAGAGAAAAUGUACGCAAGAAGUUAGAAAACAAUCUUCUAAGAUACUUGUAGAUCAAAGUAAAACAGAGAAUCAAAGAAGAAAGCAGCAAGUUCAGAUUAAUAAUUCUGAAGUAAUCCAACAAGAAUUUGUAAGUGUGAAAAUUGAGCCGGAAUUUAAUUUGGAUAUCAUCUCUACUAAUUAUUGUCGCUGCUGCUUCAAAUUGCAACAAACAUUUGAAACUGAAGAUCUAACUGAGCAUCAUCAAUUAUUAGAUACAUUAAGAGAUAUUACUCAACUCAAUCUUUACCCUUCAAAUUAUGCUCCAAAUUUUUGUUAUGAAUGUGCAAAUAAAAUUCAUAACUUCAACAAUUUCCGAAUGCUGAUGGUUGCAAGGCAAAACAAAUUCACUCAUAUUAUUCGAAAUGAGAGAUUUGAAGAGUUGAAGGAACUUUGCAGCAUUAAUGUUGAAGAAAAUCAAGUGGAAGAAGUGAAAUCCGAAAGAAAUGAAAGCUCAGUGAUUAUAACAGAACAACUGAAUGAACAAACAGAAAAUGUUAUUGAUGAAACUCAAAUCGUCAAAGUAAAAAAAAUAAGAAGAUCUGUUUGUCCAACUUGUAAGAUUUGUUCAUCAAAAGUACAUCAUUUGAAACGUCACAUGCUUCGUUGCCAUCCUGUAAAUUGUGUAUAUUGCACAUUCAAAGCACGUUAUAAAAGUGAAGUAGAGAAGCACAUUCGUCAAAAACAUGGAAAAUGUAUUAAAGAAGAGAAAGAGUCAAAUGAAUGUCCGGAAUGUGGAAAAUUUGUCAAAAGACGUCUUUAUGAUCACAUCAAAAAUUUACACGGUAAAAUCAAAAAUUAUUGUUGUGAUCUAUGUGGAUACAGAACUUAUGGAAGAACAGGGUUUAUGCAACACCUGUUGAUUCAACAUUUCGAAAAGAAUCUUAAAUGUAAUGAAUGCGAAUACACUGCAGCUAAUCAAGUAAUAUUAAGAGCUCAUUGGAAUAGAACUCAUAAGAAAACGUCGUUUAUUUGCAAGAUAUGUAAUGUAACUUUUGGACAGAAAACAAAUCUUGAUAAUCAUAUCAAACGAAAGCAUGAGCCAUUAGAGCUUUUAGAGAAAUUUGCUUGUGAUCUUUGUGAUUUCGAGACAUAUGAUAAGAACUAUAUCAAACAUCAUAAGCUCACCAAGCAUAGUAUGAAAAGAGAUCACAUUUGUGAAAAAUGUGGAAAGGGUUUUGCAACAAAUAAGAUUCUAAAAGCACACAUGCUGCAUAUUCAUGAGGAAAAACAAUUUAGUUGCGACAAAUGCGGAAAAAAAUAUGUCAUAAAAAGUCUUUUACAAAAUCAUAUUGAAAGAGUUCACAUUAGACUUAAACGCUAUGUUUGUGAUGCAUGUGGAAAAGGCUUUGCUGAUAUCAGAAGACUUUUAGCUCAUAAAAUGGAUCAUACUGGCAUCAGAUUCCCCUGCUUCAUUCCUGGAUGUCAAUCAAAUUUUUCAAGAAAAGACGCUUCAAUGUUUCAUUUAAAACACAGCCACAGUUUAACAACAUUAGAGGAAAAUGAAUGCAUAAAAAAAAUAAAUGAGUUUUGUGCUAAUCUAAAAAAAAACCUUAAAUAA